AUGAUCAUCAGCAGACAUCCUAAUAUGCAAUUGGCUAAUUAUCAACCCUCGAAUGUUGCUUAUGAUCCUUUUUCUUUUGACCUUUUGAAUCAUCAAAAUUAUUGGAAUCUUCUCAUAAAAGAGGGUCAGUUGAAUGACCAUUGCAUGCUCAACGUCUCUUUUGGUGAGUUCGAAACGGAUGAGCCCUUGUGUGAUAAAAGGAAAGAUAGAAAGAAGAAAAUGAUAAAAAUGAAGAAGGCUAAGAGGUAUACGGAUGUUCCAAGAAGGAAAUGGACAGACUUUGCAUGGAGGAAAAAAACUCAUGUUCACAAAUUUCAUUUACGUCAAAAAAAGCAUAAAAGGCCUAACUUGUUGCCCAAAUUCCUCUUGUUGGGUCCUAAAUUUGUCAGAUAUGGGCAUUUCUGUGGAGUAAGAGACAGUAGGGCAAGUAAAUGUCCGUUUAGAGGCGCCUCUCGGGAAAAGCUCGUUUUCGAUUGCAAAAACUGCAUAUGUCAAACAUUUUCGAUAUACUCCAGUCCGUUAGCAAUGGCAGCGCAUAUUAAAUCGUGUGGAGAAGAUUUCGAAACGUCAUUUGACGAUUGCUGUUUACUGAAAUAG